CAGUAAUAUCAAUCACAAAAAAGCGAAGUUAUGUUAAGAAUAGCUACUGUCAACAUGAGGUCACAUGGGCCGAUAUCUAGAAAAUGAUUUUGUCAAUAAUGUACUGUCACUUUAAGUUCAGACAUUUGUGUCAGAGGUGGAAGAGAAUCGCAUGAAAAUUGCGUAGGAGCUUUAACGUUCAAUUAUGCAAACAUAAUGUAUGCCAAAACGGCGAACCUUUCUACUGCAAUAGAUGGAUUGAUUCUCUCGAGUGAUACCAGAAUGAACUGUACUUUGUAUAGGCUAUCAAAACCCACACAUAGUUAGGCUGCUCUGACAGCCAGAGGAACCGUGGGUAUCGCGCACCGCUCGGCAGUGCAACGCAGAAGGCUACGUUGCAAGCGAAGCCAUUCCCCUGGUUAAUGAGGAAUAUUUACUUACAGAUGCAACAGAAUGUCAAGGAAUGUUAUGAUGUCAACCCCAGCACCAGCAAACAUCUCUGGAUAUUCAUUCCUCGCUCAAGGAACGAGUCGCAUGAUAAUUAAGCGUACAGGGACUUUUUUUUCAGUUCUGGUAAAGCGCUGUGCCAAUCAAGCUUCUGGAUUGGAUAGCAUCGAAACAUUACAGAGAAUUGGUGACCUACAUUAAUUGUUUUAGACGAGACCAAAACUUCUGUAGCCGGUGUAUGUUUUAUAAUAGCAUGGAAUGAUAUCAUUUUAAACUCAACCAUCACGCAGGCCGUCCGUUGGAGUGAUGAGAGGUGGCGCCACCAUAAGUUGGUGCGCUGCUUUAGAAAAUUACAAAUUAAUUUCUGCUGUAAAAUAGUGAGUGGUGACAUGGACAACAACCGUGCAGAUGUCAUUAGUAGUGGGACACUACCAGCCCCAGGAUACGCCGACCUCAUAAUACGAGGAUACAACGUGGUACGUGGUGCUGUGAGGGACUGCACCAACUGUGGUCUUGAACUCUCCAAGAGCACUUUCCAUAACAAUGCUUACCUUACCUGGAGGGAGGUGGGCAUUGUCUGUCUAUGCGCGGUAUUAUGGACGAUUUCAAGGCGUAAACUUGCCACAUGUCUUUUACAGCCAGUUGCCCAGUGGUGUCACCUCAAACCCAAAGAUGCUGUCAAGAUGCCAGAGAGUGCUUGGAAGUUCAUUUUCUACUCAGCCUCCUGGUCAUACAGUGCCUAUCUGCUCUUCCUCACCGAAUACACUUUCUUUCAGGAUCCCAGUUCUGUAUUUCAUGACUGGACAAGUGGAAUGCCCAUUCCCAUUGAUAUCACCAUUGCCUACUUGAUCCAGGGCAGCUUCUAUGGACAUUCCAUAUAUGCUUCAUUUUACAUGGAUGUGUGGAGGAGGGAUUCUGUCAUCAUGGUGAUUCACCAUGUGGUCACCCUGGUGCUGAUCACAUUCUCCUAUGCAUUCAGGUACCAUAAAAUAGGAGUGCUGGUUCUCUUCCUUCACGAUAUCAACGAUAUUCAGCUUGAGUUCACAAAACUCAAUGUGUACUUAAGGAACAGUGGCUGGGUCUACAAGUCCAUCAAUGAAAUCAUCUCUACUGUGGGUUGCAUCAGCUUCAGCUUCACCUGGUUUUGGUUUCGCCUUUACUGGUUUCCUCUCAAAGUGCUGUACGCCAGCUGUAUAGCCAGUCUCGAGUCUGUCCCUAACAUCCCUUUUUAUUUUCUCUUCAACUCCCUCCUCUUCACACUCCUUCUUAUGAAUCUCUAUUGGUUUCUGUAUAUCAUGCUGUUCAUGGUGAAGGUGUUAACUGGCCAGAUGAAGGAGAUUAAGGACGUGCGGGAGUAUGAGGAUGAGGAGCAUGAGAAGGCCAAGCUGCUUAACAUAGCAGAGAAUGACACAGAUCAUCCUGACCUCAGGCAAGAAGAAGGACAUGAGAAGAAUGGUAUUCCUAAGGAAAAGAGCCUUUGAAGGACAGAAGCCCUGUCCGUUUUGUACAGAUGAAGACAUCUUCUCUAAUAACGGAGCCAUAACAACAAAGAUUCCAUGGACAGUAUUAGACAUUUCAGACAAAACACUGCUCUGGAUGGAUCUUUCUGGGCAUGGGAUUAUAAAAUUGAUUUGAAUUAAACAUGUUAUAUCGUUAAUCUAUUAUUUCAUCUGUACACUUGACCCCGCAGAAUAGAAAAUGUAAUGCCUUUGAUGCACAGAGACAACUAUGAAGCCGAGCUGAUUUUUAAACACUAAAAUACUGUAUACUUGCUCUUUAGAAAUCUAGAUUAUUGCUUUGUGCCUAAAUGAAUGCCUGAUUGCUAUUGAAAAGCAUGUCUGUUAUAUGGUUAAGUGAAUGUGUAGUAGUGUUAAUAAACCUGUUGGAUCUCACUUUUUUAUAAUAAAUAUGACCAAUAACUGUGA